AUGUCUGCACUUCACUUGAUGGAUUCCUCGCUACCGCUGCCCCGUGUCGAGGACACUGGAGUCCAGACGAGCCUGGCCGCGGGAGUGAAUGAAUGGAACAGAUCCCAGUCGCCCAAAGCGGUUUCCUCAACUCCUCUUGUCUCCAUAGGUACCCAUUCGGAGUCGGAAUCACCCAAAACCGAGAUACGACAAGAUCUGAUUUCAUUUGCCGAUUGGCCAAACGUGACACGCCUUCUGUCUAGUUCCCUGAACAAGCAACAGGCGGUUCACGCCCAGUUCGCGCCCAGUAAGGAAGAUAACAGCAACAAUCCGUUUCCCGUCACCGCGUUCAUCCCUAUUUCCACACUAACCGAUCCAUUCGCUAACAUCACAUCUGCAUCAGGCGAGUUCCCACGGCCCCUAUCCUCAUCUCAUGAACCUCCCCUCUCCUCUGGCAUCUCUCAUGCGUCUCGGAUUUCCGUCAACGGGGCGCAGACAAACAAAGCACAUGUGGCCACCGAGAGCCUGGAUCGAUUGACCCAGCGUUCAGAUCGACUCACUGUUCACUUUCCAUCAACGACAACCGUAAUAACAAGCGAUUGUCUGCAGCCUAUCCGAAUAGGCGAUUCUCCGGUUUGCCGAGCGGCUGCUGAUGUGGACGCGGCUAUCGCUUCUGUUCUCUCUGCCGCGUUUCCUCCUCAGACCACUUCUGAUGAGAUUGCCACCGGCACUGUCGUAUUCGCCGGAUCAUCCCGAAAUCGCACAUCCGCACAACCUGACCAGGGUUCACGUUUCGGGCCCGAUAACAAAUCAAUAAAGAAUGCUGUUCAAACGACAUCGCCGACUAUUUUCCCAAAACUGUCCCUUCAUCUUCCUCCUAUCUUGGAUAUCCCGUGGGAAGAGCCGGAUGUGAGCGAUGACGUUCUCGAAUGUAACCAAGGAAAAACUACAAACAGCAACGGCCUCACCACAGUGCCUUCAACGCUGGAUGCAACCUCCAGAGCUCCUACCUGCUUCAACAACCCGUUUCUUACCGCUCCAUUUAACGAAAGCAUAGUUCAUAGCAUUCCGAUGAUGCACUCCCCAGAUGUGUCCACUUUCUGUUCAGCUGCAUGUUGUCAGCACAGUUCAAAACCCGUGGUUGUCGCUGGUCGGAAUGCAUGGGCGGAUGCAUUUUGUCAUGAGGAUGCUCAGCUCGUUUACGAUGACUUACCACCGUCAAACUUUCUCCUGGACGCACAGAAUGUGGUGCUUUUGGAGCGAUUAGGUGGUGGCAAUUUCGGUCAUGUGGUCCGGGGUGUUUACCGAACGUCAACGGGACAAGAAGUGCCUGUGGCAGUGAAAACUUUGAAGGCGAAUCAAAUCGCCGCUGUUGGAGAGAGGGAAAUUUUGGUCGAGGCAAAAACGAUGGCACAGUUACGGCACCGCCAUAUAGUCCGGUUGAUAGGUGUCUGUAAAGAGGAACAAUUUAUGCUCAUAUUGGAACUUGUCCCACUAGGCCCAAUCAACAAGUAUUUGAAGAAACGACAGGAUGUUUCCGUGCAUACCUUAACUGAGCUCAUGCAUCAGGUGGCUCUCGGAAUGGCCUAUUUGGAGUCAUGCAAAUUUGUGCACCGCGAUCUGGCUGCGCGUAAUGUGCUGCUUGUCAAUCGUCACUUCGCUAAAAUUAGCGACUUUGGGAUGAGCAAGGCUCUGAAAUUCGGCAGCGAUUAUUACCGAGCUUCAACAGUCGGCAAAUGGCCUCUUAAAUGGUAUGCACCUGAGUGUAUCUACUACUUUCGAUUCGAUACCAAAUCAGACGUGUGGAGCUAUGGCAUCACACUGUGGGAAGUCUACUCUUACGGCGAACGUCCUUAUCGAGGCAUGAAAGGCGCACAAAUCCUGGCCAUGUUGGAUCAAGGUCUCAGGCUUUCCAAGCCAAGCCGGUGCCCAGAUUCCAUCUACAGUAUUAUGCAACAGUGUUGGAAUUUCGACGGUGCCCGACGACCGACGUUUUCCGAUAUUGUGCUCGCCGUGUCCAGAGUACUCAGCCAUUUGACAAUGCCUUCUCGUAACACCCACAGAAUUGGAGAAUCCGUAAGAAGUAUACCUAGCGGAUCAACAUUUGGUCAAAUGCGGCGGUCAGAUACCGGGACAAGCGGUUCCGGUGGCAGCGGUGUGAACAGCGAGUCCAGUGAUAGAACGUCUUUCUGA